AUGGGGAACGUCAACUCAUUCCCUAACAAGUGUGAGGAGUUGGAGGCCCUUAUGAAGAACCAACGGGUCGACCGUGAGUGCAGUCUCAUGUGUUUUACCGAGGCGUGGCUGAUGGAUAUCAUCCCGGAUUCCUGUGUGGAUCUCCCCGGCUUCACUACGUAUGGAUUUAUUAACACGUGCUUGAAGUCUUCCAUCAUCCAAUCAUUUGGAGAAGAAGCAUGGGAGAAACUGAGAAUAGCAGCUGGAGUCCCGGACACUUUCAUGACUUUUAAAGUUUAUUCAGAUGAUAAUACACUACGAUUAGUUGAGGAAGCGUGCAAAUUAUUAGAUAUGGAGCCAGAAAUAUUGCUGAAACAGUUUGGGGAGUAUUUUUUUGAAUUUUGCAAAAGGUCUGGAUACGACCGCAUGCUCCGUACUCUGGGUGGAAACCUAAUUGACUUCAUCGAGAAUCUUGAUCCGUUACACAGUUACCUCUCAUUGUCCUAUCAGGAGAUGAACGCACCAUCCUUCAGGGUGGAAAUAAACGAAGACAAUUCCAUGUUUCUGCAUUAUUACUCUGAUAGGAGAGGAUUGUAUUACAUUGUCCCCGGGAUAAUUGGAGCAGUAGCAAAGGAUUUUUUUAACAGUGAAGUCACAAUGGAGUUAGUGAACCAAAUGGAAGAAGAGGAGCGAACCGGUAAAAAGGAACAUGUUGUCUUUUUGGUUACUCAAAAACCACUCCCUUCUGAGGAACAACAUAGCAAAUUAUCUGCAACACCACAUCAUCUGAUUGACACAGGCAAAGAAAGUGAACAACAGACAGAUCAAGUGGAAUUGGAAAAUGCUACAAACAUUAAUUGUAUCGGUGGAUUCACUGCCAAGGAAAGCCAUUGGGAAACAAUUCCUGGAAAAGGAAGAGUGUUAAGAGGGUUCGAACCAGCUUAUCCUGAUAAGCUAUGGAUAGAGAUAAAGACAUUUUGUGACUGUUUUCCUUUUCACAUUGUCUUCGACCAGGAGCUUAGGGUGAAACAAGCAGGGACAAGUAUACAGAAGAUAGUCCCAGGUCUUCAAACAAUGAACAUCCAGCUUGAUGCAUAUUUCACCAUUGUUCAUCCAGAAGUAACAUUCAAAAUUUUAACCAUACAGAAAUUCAUUAAUAGCAUAUUUCGGCUCAGAACAAAACGGGUAAUGAUGCCGGAAUCAUGGAAGCAUUGUCCAAUGCUGGAACUAAAAGGUCAAAUGGUGUGGAUGGAACAAUUUCAAUGCAUGUUGUAUCUAUGCUCUCCUCUGGUGCGCAGUUUGCAGGAGCUUGAAGAAAGGCAUAUGCACAUUGCAGAUAUCGCCUCUCACGAUGUGACCAGAGAUCUCAUCCUGCUGAAUCAGCAGAGGCUUGCUGAAAUGGAAUUAUCAAAUCAGCUCGAAAGAAAGAAAGAAGAACUGCAAAUUCUCUCGAAGCAUCUCGAGGAAGAAAAGAAGAAAACUGAAGCCUUGCUCUAUGCAAUGCUGCCAAAACAUGUGGCCAAUCAGCUCAAAGAAGGCAAAAGAGUUGAGGCAGGUGAAUUUAAAGAGUGCACCGUACUAUUCAGUGAUGUUGUGGAGUUUACCAGUAUGUGCGCUCAAUGUGAACCAAUUCAAAUUGUGGUAAUGCUCAACACCAUGUACCUGGAGUUUGACAGAUUAACUACAGUCCAUGAUGUUUACAAGGUAGAGACGAUAGGAGAUGCUUACAUGGUGGUUGGAGGAGUCCCUAUACCUGUUUCUUCACACGCAGAAAGGGUAGCAAAUUUUAGCUUGGCAAUUAUCAUAGCAGCUAAUGGCAUAACGAAUCCUGUAACUGGAAGACCUAUCCAGAUAAGAGUUGGAGUAACAACAGGCCCAGUCUUGGCAGGAGUGGUUGGAGAAAAGAUGCCUCGAUACUGCCUUUUUGGGGACACUGUGAACACAGCUUCCAGAAUGGAGAGCCAAGGAGUGCCAAACAAAAUCCACAUUAGUUCCAGUGCUUGCUGUGCGCUCAAAGAUAAAUGCUUUGAGAUUCAUGAAAGAGGUGAGAUUGACAUUAAAGGGAAAGGGAAGAUGUGCACUUACUUCCUCAUUAGAAAUGUGAUGGCAUCAGAAAAUGAAAUACUAGGAAGACCGCAAAGGGAAUCGGAUUCUGACGAAGACUCUGUGCUGUCCCUCCAUGAGUCAGAAGGUGACAAAGACAAAGAAGUGCCUUUCUCUUGGUCAGAUGCCAAAUGCAGUGUUUACCAGAAUCGACAGAGCACGGUAAAAAUGAGAUAUGCUGAUACACCUGAGGAUUUGCCAGAAACCAAUUAUUCAAAAAUAAAAAACAUGACAGGACAAACAUGUGACUCAGAAAGUUACGGGAGCUUGCACAGUAUCUGUAGCUUUAAGCAGCUGGGUGAUGUUGAUCAGUGUCCAAAAGAUGAAGAUGAACAAGCAACGAGGAAACUCAAUCAGAAGAAAGUUAAUUCAAACUUAUGCAUUUUAUUGUAAAUUCUCUGAGUAAAAACAAAAAAAUGACUGUUGUGUCUUAGUUUCCACAAAGGUAUGUGAUGUGCUAAAUAACCACGGCCACUGUUCCAAAUAUCAAAUAGAAAAUGGAUCAGGAUAUAAGAAUUCAUGAAGAUACAAGAUGCAGAUGCCGGGAUCUUGAGCAAAUCACAAAUUGCUGGAGGAAUUCAACAAGUCAGGCCGCAUCUGUGGAGGGGAAUGAAUAGGUGACAUUUCGGGUCAGGAUCUAUCUGCAGACUCUUUGAGGGGAGAUUGCCAGAGGCGGUAACAUUCGUAAUGGUCUGGGGGACAGUGACCCAGUGUUCAUCCAUGGGGUCAUGUCAGGAGGUAGGUAUGAGGAGAUGUCUGUGUACUAGGGUAGAGAUUGGCCUGCCGGACUACAAAGGCACAUCUCUUGUCGGGUUUGAUAACAACUUUGGGAUUGUUACUGAGUGAGCGGACGGCUGUGGGUUUAGAGGAAGUGAAAUUGGAAUAGGUAAAGCAAGUGGAGAAGUCAAGACAGUUGACGUCGCGCUAGCAGUUGACAGGAGGAGAUGGAACUUUGGAGACGAGAAAGAGUCUGAAGAAGGAUUUCGAUCCAAAAUGUUACCUGUCCAUUCCCUGCAGCCAUAGAUGCAUCGCUCCACAUAGAGGUUCAUGAUCAAAACCUCAGCUGUCCAUUACCUCCACGGAUGCUGUCCAACUUGCUGAGUUCCUCCUGCAGGUCGAUGUUUGCUUCAUGACGAGUUUUAUAAAUAUAUUGUCUCAGAAUGUUAGUUAAAAAUGCAUUAUUUUUCAGCGAAGACCACAUUCUGACUGUGAAGUCCAUAUAAUGUUUUACACAAUGUUUAAAUUUCGA